UUAAGAAAUGAGGAUAAUAAUGUAAUCCAAAAAUAAACUGGAAUAAAAGUCACGUGUUUACCCUUGAAUCCCCGGCGUAUCCAUCGUUAUGACAACGAGGCGGCUUUAUCGAUAUUCCCUCCGACUCGGAGAUAUAAACUUUUCCAUCUAACAUCCAGCGUAAAAAACAUGCUAUCACCUUACACCAUUUCGCCAAAAUAUAAGAGUAACUUAAGAUAAUUGGACUAGGAAAUUCUGAUAGAACAAACAAAAGUUACGUAAAAGUGACAAAAUGGGUAAUACAGAGAGUAAUGUUACAAGUGGCGUGAAGAAACAGGCAGGAACAUCGACGCAGAAGCUGUACAAACUAAUCGACUUGAAAGGUGGUGGACUCCUAGUAGACAUGAUGAAACGGGCUGUCCAAAACAAGCAGUACGCAGAGAUAGACCACGCAAUCAAGACAAAGGUGGAGCCGUUUCUCUACAAUAAGGGCAAGGGCCGGUAUAUACCUAUAUCACAUCUGGUGCUUCUGCGAAACAAAGAACGACCCAGGCACAAGCUGCUCCCACCGUUGCGAGGAAUGGAAAAUCCUGAUGAAGAAUUUGACGUAGAGAAAGACUGGCCGGCAGUAAGCCAAGAAGAAUACGACGCCAACCCUUCUGGUUACAGGGAACUGUGUUGGGACCUCAAGGAGCGUGGAGCGGUCGGCGAAACAAUCCUACACCUUUGCCUGCUGAAUGCAACUUCCCUCUUGGCAGACCUCGCCAAGAGGCUCCUGCGCUUCUACCCUAAGCUCAUCAACGACAUCUACAUGAGCGACGAAUAUUAUGGGGAGAGUGUGCUGCACAUGACGAUAGUCAACGAGGACCCCACGAUGGUGAAGUUCCUACUAGACGCAGGCGCGGACUACCACGAGCGCUGCUGCGGGAACUUCAUGUGCCCUGAAGACCAGAAGGCCUCGCGAUCCGACUCGCUAGACCACGAGUGGGUCAAUGUGACCCGGGACACUAACUACGUCGGAUAUGUCUACUGGGGCGAGUAUCCUCUCAGCUUCGCGGCGUGUCUGGGCCAAGAGGAGUGCUACCGCCUGAUUUUAGCGAGAGGGGCCGACCCCAACAACCAAGACACCAAUGGAAACACAGUGCUGCACAUGCUGGUCAUUUAUGACAAGAUUAGCACAUUCGACAUGGCAUACGAAGUGGGUGCUUCCCUCAACAUUCGCAACUCUCUGAACCUCACGCCCUUAACCCUGGCUGCCAAGCUCGCCCGGACCGAACUAUUCUUCCACAUCCUCAACAUCGAAAGGGAGAUAUACUGGCAGAUCGGGGCCACCACGUGUGCGGCCUAUCCUUUGGGGCAAGUGGACACUAUAGAUACGGAGACAGGGCUCAUUAGUAAGGACUCUGCUCUCAAUUUGGUCGUUUUUGGGGAAAAAGAUGAGCAUUUAGAGCUCCUCGAAGGCAUGCUAAUCGAUCUCCUCAAAACGAAAUGGAACACAUUCGUCAAGUUCCGCUUCUACCGUCAGUUCAUACUGUUCUCCUGCUACUUCCUGAUAUCCCUAGUCUGCUUCACCCUCCGCCCCGGGACGCCUGAGAGACCAGUCAAUGCAACCGCCUUGAACUCUACUGCAGGACCUGUUUUGAAUGAAACUGAACUGGUCACUUAUGUUGAAAACUGUACGAUGCCUUUGAAUGCCUCGGAGUUCGACCCGGGGGCCGUGGAGCUGAUGAAUGGCUCCAAGCCGGACGGGCCUAUGUGCGGGAGGUUCAAGAGCCACACCAAGGAGAAAGACAAACCCACCGAAGCUCCCAAGGAAACGGAUAUGGAAGGGUGGUGGGAAGACCUCACGGAGGAGUGUAGGUUAAUGGACUUUGAGCCUUGGCAAGCAAAGGUUCGAAUAUCAGCUGAGCUACUGCUCUGGCUCGGAGCCUUAGCGUAUAUCGGAGCUGCGCUGCGAGAAGCGAGGUUUCUGGGGCUGAAGAUGUUCAUUGAGAACUUGAGUACGGUACCCUCAAGAGUGAUGUUCCUCUUCUCCUGCCUGUUGAUGAUCGCUCUACCAACGCUGCGGCUGUGGUGCGCCGACGAGGCGGAGGACCAUCUGGCCGUCAUCAUCAUGCUCACUACUGCUCCUUAUUUCUUAUUCUUCUGUCGUGGUUUCAAGACAGUCGGUCCAUUCGUGGUGAUGAUCUACCGCAUGGUGAUGGGAGACUUGCUUCGAUUUGUCUGCAUAUACUUGGUUUUUGUCAUGGGCUUUUCUCAAGCGUACUACGUAAUCUUCCUGUCAUUCGACAACCCCAACACUCCUGAGGGCGUGGACGACUCGGUGUCGAACCCCAUGCCCUCGCCCAUGGAGAGCAUCAUGGCCAUGUUCCUCAUGUCGCUCACAUCCUUCUCCGACUACUACGGCGCCUUCGAGAGGACUGACCAUGAGAUUGAAGCAAAGCUGUUGUUCGUGAUCUACAUGAUAAUAGUGGCUAUUCUGCUAGUGAACAUGUUGAUUGCCAUGAUGGGUAACACGUACCAGAAGAUAGCGGAGACUAGGAACGAAUGGCAGAGGCAAUGGGCGAGGAUUGUACUGGUGGUAGAGCGAGGGGUUCCCCCGGCUCAGAGGCACAAGCAGCAACUGGUGUAUAGCCAGCCCAUGGCCAAUGGGAAGAGGGCUUUGGUACUCAGGAUCAACCAAAAGGACGAGGACAAAGAGGAAAUGAAAGAGAUCCUGGAAAUGAAGAGGACCCACGACCGAAUCGUAGCGAAAAGGAAGCAAAGGGAGGCCGAGCUGAAAGGCGUGAAGGGCCGCCCUCCGCCGCCGCCUACAAGAGACUACCCUACAAGAAAAUAAAAACCUUUCAAAAUCACUCAAAAUGCUGAUGAUGACUAAUCGUUUAUGAUACAAUAUCUAAAUUUUUCACUCAUAAUGGUAAUGAUGACUAAUUGUAAGAUGUAUCUAGGCUUUUUCGCUGUCGAGGUUGAUUCAUUCAUCCCAAAUAUUACGAGUACAAUGAGCAAAUAUCGUAAAAACAUCUAAAAACAUUACAGUCAAUGUAAAUACAAUGUUCCAGACAUGGUUCCAGAUUAUGAUUUUCUAAGAUUGUCAAUAUGUCUGUAGGCGUUCCUUAGCUUGUUUAUUUAAAGAUCCUUUAUUUGAAAUAAGUUUACUUAGUUGUUAUAAUAUUGCUAUUAUUACCUACUUAUUUGUUGUUGCUACUGUCGUCUAAGUAACUUGGUUUUAUUCUCUACAUUUUCAUUAAUUUCGA